UGUGAAGAGAGGUUCCAACUAAUCAAGAGGUACGAAUAAUGAACGAUGAAACCCCAAGAUGUCCGUACAACAGCCUCUACAAGCCGCUGAACUUGAUUAAAUCAAAGCCGGAUGGAUGUUUCAAGCACAACGGUCAGUGUACCUACGGUAAAAAUCUAGUGGAAAGUGUGGACGAUGGGAACUCCAGAACUCCGUAUAACAGCAUCUACGAGCCGCUGAGCCUGAACAAACCAAAGCCAGAUGGUCGGAGCUCCAACGGCAAAAAACCAGUGGACAACGAGUACGUGAAUCUUCCUGUAUUGAGCGAAGAGCAAAAACUGGCUGAUAAGCUUGCGGCCAAGCUGAGAAAGUUGGAGGUGAAGGAGCCGAAGAGCAAGAAAAGAGGAAGUAAGGAGCGAAAGAAGAAGAAGUCGGAGCCCGUAGAGAGCACAUAUGAGAGCUUGGCCACUAUUGAAGGAUCCACGAACUACUCUGGUCCAGUUACCACUGAAUCUUUGGAGAGCAAUGUGAAAUUCCACCAUGCUUCCCAGACGGCCUACAUCGGUGUGUACAGCUCUGCGGACGCUGAAGCUCAAGUCAAGAAUCGUGGAGAGUUUGCGCUGUACCACCUAUUCGAGGUGGGAAACGGCAUUGACCAUCUCACGGCGACUCUUCCAUUGAUGCUCGUCUACUACACCACCACCAAGAAGCAUCGUCACUAUCCGGUUCGAGAGUCUGGAGGCAAAGGAAUGGUUCAGUAUUCGGUGGAUUGUGGAUACCCAAUCGUUCGCAAACACUACUCGCUCAAUCAACUCGUUCAAUACUACAAAUCGUUCGGAUCGAUUCAGAUGAAACAAGAGGACACUUGCUCUGAAGAGUUCUCCUGGUGGUUGGAAUAGAUCUUAUUUUGAGUUGAAUAAAAGGUUUUUUAUGUGGAAUUAAUUGAAUGAAGGGUUUCU